UUCGAUAACGGUAAACCCUAGCUAGCUGGCUACAGUAAAAGCGCACUAAGGACGGUCCGCUGGGAAGAGGAUCCCUCGUCCAUUAGUGGCUCUCUCUCUCUCUCUCUCGAUCGCUCUCUGAAACCAGCGAGGGAGAAGGAGAAUCCAAUGGCGAAUUCGUCAAUGGCGUCGACGCUGAAGGCGUACUGGCUUCCAAUGGUGCUCUUCGCGUCCUCCGUUUUCUAUCAGCUCAUCGUCCUGCCGCGUUCUUACCCUCCUUCUCACUACGACGUUUUGGGGAUCGAAAGGUUUAGUUCAAUCGAGGAAGUCACAGAAGCCUACGAUAAGCUAGCGUCUAAGUGGAACUCAGGCACAGAAGUUCCAGCUACCACUGAUUUUAUUAAGAUUCGACAUGCUUUUGAGCUGCUGACAAAUCCAAUAUGGAAGAGGGACUAUGACAUAUUUGGUAUUGAUGAGCACGUUCAUGUUGUUGAACAGGCCAAGGAGAAGUAUGGCAAGACAAGGUUUACUGAAAUUGACCUUCCCUUGCUUGAGGCUGUUUCUUUUGAUCCAGGAGAUAAUAUUUUUAAUGCCGCCACACACGAGAACUUUCUUUCCAAGUUUCAGAAUUCAAAGGGAUUGCUGAUUCAGAAUCUUAUUCAGAUAUUUUCGUUUGGGAGCCACCAGUGCACACGGUUUUCUAAUAACUGGAAAGGAAUUACUUUUUUGUUGGGCGGGGUAGCAGAUACUGGAAUGGUUGAACUUAGAGAAGUUCAUAUUGCUAAGUAUCUUGCUGAGAAGACAUUUACGGGGCAGCCUUUUUUUAAAGGAGGCUUGCCUUCUCUGGUUGCAUUCCCACCUGGAUGUAACACUUCAAGUUGUCUUCUUAGGUAUGAGGGAGAGCUUUCUGUUGAUGCUGUUACUGAUUGGUUUGCUAGCAUAAUUCUAAGUUUGCCUCGUAUUCUAUACUACUCAAAGGAUUCCUUGGCACCGCGUUUUCUUGCAAAGAGCAAACCUCAUAAGGUGAAAGUCAUUUUCUUCUCGGAAACAGGGGAGCGUGCAAAUCCAUUUGUGCGUCAAGCCGCUCUAAAGUAUUGGCCUUAUGCUGCCUUUGCGUCUGUGCCAUGGCGAGAAGAAGAAUCUUCCUUUUGGUGGAAUGCGCUUGGAGUGGAAUCUGCACCUGCAAUUGUAUUCUUGAAAGAACCUGGUGUGAAACCAAUAGUGUACCAUGGAGCGGCCAACAAUUCAUGGCUUUUGAAUAUCAUGGAAAAGAAUAAACAUCAUGAGCUACCUCAAUUAAGGAGCAUCACAUCUAUGGAGCUAGGUUGUGAUGCACGUGGAUAUUCUCGUGCUGGGAGGGAAACCAUGAUCUGGUACUGUGUUAUGCUUAUAGGAAGACUAAGCCCAGAACUCAACAAAAUGCGUGAAACCAUGCGCAGAAUCCAACAAAUGCUGUUAAAUGAUGACAACUUAGACACAGGUGAUAAUGAUCAAUUAUUGUCAGCAGCUGUUGCACUAAAGGAAAAGAGGUUGACGUUUACUUGGCUUGAUGGAGAAGCCCAGCAAAGAUACUGUUCUUUCCACAUUCAGACAGCAAACAGCUAUGAAACAUGUGGCCCUAGAAGGGAUAUAAUAGAUGUACAUCAGUUAGUUAUUGUACGUUACAAAAGGAAUGACGCAGAAGAUAAUGGAAAAAUCGAGAAAAAGCCACAAAACAUAUUUGAGGCAUUUCACAAGGAAGAUGUUGAUCCUGCAUCACAACUUGUGGCAAGGUACAACGGCUCAGAAGAAAUUCCAGAGAUCAUCAGGUGGAUGUCUCAAAUAAUCGAAGAUGGUGACUCUAGGGAUCUACCCUUUUUUAGAGCCAAAGCUCCUGCGCUUGUUCCAGAAGAUGCAGAUCCAAUUUGGUCGGUUGGUGGCAGAAGCAUUCUGUCCACAUGGACAGGAAUGAAACGGAAAAUAAGCAGCUUCAUCCAUGCAAUCCACAGUAGCCUCGGAGAUCCAAGGAUUGGCCCAAUCUUGCUUUUGGUAGCACUAUUGUCUUUUGGCAAUAUCUGGCUCCGAAGGAGCCAAUCAACUCAUCCAAGUCAAUCAAACCGUCAAACUCAACCAAGCAGAACAGAUGAAAACAAACCAAGGCAGAGCCGCAAACCCAGAAGUGUGCCAUACCAAGAUAUUCCUCCUUCCAUCACUGACUUAGAGCCAAAAGAUGCAUACCAGUUGCCGCUUUCGGGUUCUGACUCUGAGUAGGGUGUUGUGCUGUUAGAAGGAAUCAAGGUUCCAAAGUAAAUAUUAGCUAAUGUAAUUGUAAUUAUUGGUCAUAGACUGACUAGACAUGUUGGUCAAUUGGACCAUAUUCAUUAGUUGCCAUUAACUUAAAAAAGAGACGGAUGAACUUGGGAAAAAAAAACACGUGCGCACACAGAGAUGCACGAUUAUCUAA